AUGUUUUCAACAUCACUUGGCAACAAACAAUGGGAUUCAACUUGGGAUGGCUUGCCUAGAGAAAUUCGACUUCUCAUUUUAGAAGCCCUGGUGCAAGACGGCUGCAGGUUAAGUCGCUUUGCCACAGUGUCCAGAGAGUGGCAGACCAAGCUCGAGCAACAUAACUUUGCUCGAAUCAAACUAACACCAUCGCGACUUGUUGAUUUUGAUUCAAUAACUCAUCGCAAUCGGGCUUUUAUUAGCUAUAUUUGGUUCUGCUUGGAACUUGAUGAAUACGAUUGCACCAAAUGCGCGCCAGCCAGUUCAAGCGCGGAUUUUGGAGAAGCAGUCGCUAUUAGUGAUACAGAUCACUGUCCUAUCACUACAUCAUUUCAGAAUCUCUUCUCCGUCCUCAGCAGAUGGAGUCCUAGCGCCGGUUUAAUACUUGAUAUCAGCAUCUAUUCGCCUAGUGACUCAACACAUUGGUUCAAAUAUCUGACCUUUAUGCCUGAUACUCCUUUAGACGGUCGGCACAGCAUAGAUCAGAUAGUCUCAAGCAGACCAGUCUAUAAUGAUCCUCAACAUGGAUGGGUUGAUGGUUUCCGACACUGCGCGCCGCCUAGAACGGCAGUUGUCAAAGUGUUUUAUGAAGUCAUGGAAGAGGGACCUUUUGAUAGUGAUCAGGCAGAGCUACAAUGGUGGGAUCGGCUUCCAUUAGUCCCGGCAGUAACCACAUUACUUCUCCGACAACAGAACCGGCGGAGAUGGAAGCCAGAAUCGCUUGCACAUAUGUUUGCCCGGUUUCCCAGACUCCAAGAAGUCCACUAUGAACCCUGGAGGGAAUGGGGCUCCAUAAAGAGGCAAACAGAUAAAAGUAAGUGUGAGUACCUAUAUCUCUUCAAGUCUAUUCAAGAUUUUAAUAAGAAUCUUAAGAGACUCGUAGUCUUUGAGAACUUUAAUCAACAGUAUCCAGCUUUUAUGCAGCGAUUCCAGUUUGGUGUCGAUUUAGCUGAAUGCGAGAGUAUUCGCAAUCCAACACCAGCUGUCAGCCGGAUGGUCGUGCUUGCUAGCCUUCAGCUUGAGCAUCUUGCAGCAUCAUUUAUUAUAGAUGCUAGCCACUUCUUUGAUAACAUUGAACCGUCUUGGGAGUGGCCAAACCUGAUUUCGCUUGUGCUGACUUCAAACUUGCUUUCACCAGACAAAAGUCCAAUUAAGAUUAGAGCUAUGCUUCAGGCCGCAGCAGCAAUAGCUACAAAGAUGCCACAACUAGAAAGAAUGGAAAUUUGGAACGGACAAAAGGGUUUAGCAGCACUCUUUAAAUAUCAGGUGUUCCAUAAUAUACGGCAAGGUAGAAUCACUUGGAGAGGCACCUGGAAUCUUGCCAUGGACUCUUCUAUAGAUCUACUAGAUGGAGCUACUAUCAAAUCUCACGGUGACGCAAUUCGACACCUUAUGCUUUCAGGCCAGGUCAUUCGGCCUAUCUCGUUGCAGCAGAUCCAGAUAGAACAGAGUGCCCUAGAGGGCGUAGAAACAGUGUCAGAAUGAUUUUAUCUAUUG